AUGUUUCUGGGGGGAGGGUGGCCUUUCGCCCCUGCAUCCACGACACCCAGGCCUGCUGCGGCUUGGUGUUGCUGCAGCCAGGAGGAGAAAAGCCCCCAAGGAACAAGCGUGCCAGCACUCCCCAGAACGCAGAGAGCUCCCCUGCGUAUAUUUCUAUCGGUGUGCCCCCUGAAGUACAAAAACAGACUUGCCGCUCGGAGGCAGCAACUGCUGGCGGGGCCCCCUGCGACUGCGGGGCCCCCGGAGCGCAAAACCUCCCCAAUAGCCAUCAGGAUUGCAGCAACCACAAGGGUACUGAAGGGCGAGCGAAACGGCGAACUCGAACUUCAGAAAGGAAACGUGCUUGCAUCUGCCGCUGCUGCUCCUUUUGUGGAGGUGCCAAGGGUUGGGGGCCCUCAGGCUGCUCGCAGUCCAGGGGCCACCGGGCAGCCCGUUGCAGCGCUUGAAGCAGCAGCAGCUUCUGCGAAAUCGAGGACUGCUGAUGCAGCAGCAGUUGCCCCAGCUGACGCAACAGCAGUGGAAAAGGGCCCCCUGAGAGAGUACCGCGCAGCCUGCAGUAGCGAUGCAGCAGCAGGCAGAGCAAAGCCCCCGUCGACAAUCGUGGGGGAGGGCCCAGUGGGGACAGGCACUGCCACGCUGGGGGCCUCUUCGUCUUCAUCGUCGUCUUCCUCGCAUGCCAAUCUCGCAGGGCCCCUGUGUAUGCCUUCCAUCAACUGCCCAGCUUCCCAAUCUCCUAAAACGACACCCCUUGUGGCUGCCGAUUCCGUCCUGGCCGCUGCUAUGUGCAGGAGGAAGGCCGACGAACCCCCCGGCAGCACGCAGGCCGGACAGUCGGUGCUGCUGCUCGAGCGUGUGGCUGUAUCUGCUGCAUCUGCUGCAUCUGCUGCAUCUGCUGUAUCUGUAUCUGCAGCUGCUGCAGCUGUGUCUACUGUCAAGACGUUGCCACUUGAACUCCCGUCGCGAGGCCCCUCCUCCACGCCAGAAAGCUCCUGUGGGCACUUGAGCAGGAAGAAGACGUUCAGAACCUGGAAGACAGCCUUCGCAAGAGCCUCCCCAGAAGCCCCCUGUUGCAGGCAGCACCGCAGGAGGUGUGCUACGCUGUUGCUGACGGGGGGCCCCCCAGAUGUAUCUUCUAGCGGAGGAGUUUUGCAGCAGCAAGAACAUGCCGGGGGCCCUCGAACAAGAGGGGAAGCAGCAAGGCGGAGACAAGCGGCAAUGCUCCGCAGCGGAGGACAAACGUGUGUGUACAGCUCAGCAGCCUAUCGACUUGCUGCUGCUGCUGUGUGUCACUCUCCGUGUAGGAGACUUUCAGCUUUCUCCAGGCGUCCGCUAUGCUACUUGCGACUCGCAGUUGCAGCUUGGAGCUUUCCAACCGAGAGGGCGAAGAAGCUUCGCCCUGCUCCAUGGGGGAACCUCCUCUUAUUGCCUCCUGGUUGCCAGGGGCCCCCCCCUCCAGCCCUUCCCCUGCCGCUGCAAAAAGCUCCGGCAAGCGGCGCGCAUGCAGCCGUCACAGUCGCAGCAAUUGCUGCUGUUGACUGGGCAAUUGCAGCUCCCGAGGAGGGCAGCCUCCACUGCACAGCCCUCGAAGAGAAAGCGCUCGAGACUCUCCCGAACGACCGUAUUCCAGACUUUUCUGCUUCCGCCGCAGCUGCUAUUCUCGCUGCGGCCGCUUUCAGAGACUGGAAGCCGCCUCUGCCCGAAGACUCGCAUGCGACAAAACACUAA